AUGGUAACUGUCGAAUUUGUGAUUGCUCUGGUAGCUUCAAGGCACUGUGGAGCAAAUCUUGCCAUAACUCCAGUUGAAAUGAAUCAAAAACUGACAUCUGUGGAGUUUGAUAAUUUGCUGAAGAAUGACUAUACAGAUGAAACAUUGAAGGAUCCCAGUACCUACCAAAGGCUAGUGGAUAGGCUAUUGUAUCUCACCAUGAAUAGACCUGACUUUUUCCUUGCAGUUCAAGUUCUUAGUCAAUUCAUGCAUUGCCUAAAGGCAUCUCAUAUGAAAGCAGCAAUCAGGAUUGUAAGGUACAUUAAAGUUGAACCUAGAUUGGGAUUGUUUAUUCAUGCUGACGGUUCAAAUAAUCUGGUUGCUUAUUGUGAUUCUGACUGGGGAAUAUGGUUACAAACAAAGUGA